GCGCCGACGAGUGACGCCACGCACGCCGGAGACGACGGAACUGACGCGCGAGAAGGGCGACGCGCUGUCAGGCCGUGCUUUGCUGCUGGCGCCUUGCGGGAAGUCGCUCGAGGAAGCCAUGGAGGACGGUGAGUUAAUUGAAUACUUUAAGUCUCAGAUGAAAGGAGAUCCUAAAAUGGCCUCAGCUGUGGCUGCCAUCCAGACUUUGUUGGAAUUCUUGAAGAGAGAUAAAGGAGAAACACUCCAGGGCCUGAGAGCAAAUCUCACCUAUGCCAUAAAAACCCUCUGUGGUGUGGACUCCUCAGUGGCCGUGUCAUCUGGCGGGGAGCUCUUCCUUCGCUUCAUCAGCCUCACCUCCCUGGAAUACUCUGACUACUCCAAAUGUAAGAAGAUCAUGAUUGAGAGAGGAGAGCUGUUCCUGAGAAGAAUAUCCCUGUCGAGAAAUAAGAUUGCCAAUCUGUGUCAUACAUUCAUCAAAGACGGGGCGAGAAUUUUGACUCACGCCUACUCCAGAGUUGUCUUAAGAGUCCUGGAAGAAGCCGUGGCAGCCAAGAAACGGUUCAGUGUGUAUAUCACGGAGUCGCAGCCUGAUUUAUCUGGUAAGAAAAUGGCCAAAGCCCUCUCCCACCUCAACGUCCCUGUCACUGUGGUGCUGGAUGCUGCUGUCGGCUAUAUCAUGGAGAAAGCAGAUCUUGUCAUAGUUGGUGCUGAAGGAGUGGUAGAGAACGGAGGCAUUAUUAACAAGAUUGGAACCAACCAGAUGGCCGUGUGUGCCAAAGCCCAGAAUAAGCCCUUCUAUGUGGUUGCAGAAAGCUUCAAGUUCGUACGCCUCUUUCCACUCAACCAGGAGGACGUCCCAGAUAAGUUUAAGUACAAGGCAGACACUCUGAAGUCUGUGCAGACUGGGCAGGAUCUCAAAGAGGAACACCCAUGGGUGGACUACACCUCCCCAUCCCUCAUCACCCUGCUGUUUACGGACCUGGGUGUGUUGACGCCAUCUGCUGUAAGCGAUGAGCUCAUCAAGCUGUACCUAUGAGCCGAGUCGCUCCUGCCAACAUGCAGGAAGCACGCGCUGUGCAGGAUGAGCAGCCUCUCCACGCCAGCCAGCCAGGGGCUGAAACUGAAUCCAACAUCAGACGUCCUGAAGAAUCCGUGGACUUCUGCUCUGUCACAUCUGAAGCCUGUUUCCAGUUCUGGAAGCAAGCUGAGGUGCCCUUAUGGUUUUCGGAAACUCGGUCUCAGGAAGGACAACUGAGAUUACAUCUGCAGUCCUGAGGAAAGACGGCACACGAGCAGAGACCCCCUUCUCAUACCACACUCAGACGGCUGAGUACAAACCUUAUGGUGCCUCACAAGACAGCAAACACUGGCUGACUACGUCUGGCUUCGGGGCUCCCUCCCCUCAGCAGCCCAAGCCAGACAGGAGAAAUACCAAUGCAGGAGCCAUUCAUGUGCCACUGCGCACAGAAUGUUGUCUAUAGAAAAUGGGAGUUUACUUUAAACAUGGUUAGAACCCAAACAGCUUUUUAAAGUUAAAUGUGGAAACAAAUCAAUAAAUUAUAUGAACAAUUUAGAUACGGUAUUGCCUCUCUAAGUUGACAGAUCAGAAACAGUGCAAGCACAAUUAGGCAGAACCCAUUAACAAGAAAAGGCCUAGCAGCACUUCUCGGGGUAGUUCUUCCUGGUUUUAAUAAACCACCGCCAGAGCCUGUUCUGAAAUACUCUCAACCCCAAUCUGACCCCAGCCUGUGGCCCCAGAACACGGGAGGCUAAGGCAGGAGGAUCAGUCUGAAAUCAUCCUGGACUACAUAGUUGUCUUAGUUAGGGUUUCAUUCCUGUGUAGAGACACCAAGACUAAGGCAACUCUUAAUUUUUGUUUGUUUUUUCAGUCAGAGUUUCUCUUAUAGCCCUGACUGUCCUGGAACUUACUCUGUAGACCAGGCUAGCCUCAAACUCAGAGAGAUCCACCUGCCUCUGUCUCCUGAGUGCUGGGAUUAAAGAUGUGUACCAUG